UAUUUCUUCCGUGCAGUCAUUCUCUUUCAAGAUUUCUUCAUACGAAUGAAACAGUUAAUUGUCGGGAAUGCCCCACCACUUUCCAGGAUCCACAGAAGAGACGAUACUCAUCCUCAGCCGAGACAGUACGUGACGAGACGAACGUGACUGACAAGUUGCAUUAAUAUCUCUGUUAAAAACUUGUUGAAUAUUCGUUGAUAAUUUUGAUAUAAAAUCAUUUUCUAUGAUGAAGUGCGAAUAAUCAUUUAAGAGUGAAGUUUUUUUUUGAAAUAUUGCAAUAUUGUUGAAGACUUGAGUAUGUCAUAGAGUUCCAGGAUGGUGAGUGUAAUUGUCAAGGUUGCACUAUUGCUGCGUAUUCUUCAAUUGAUCGCAGAAGCAGCUGGCCAGUCACCGUGUCCCGAGUAUUUCCGGUAUAUUUCAGAUCCUAUCGCAGACGAAAUCAUUGGUUUUGUUGAGAUACAAUCGCCACCGAGAGGAAUCCCUUUGACACUUAGUGUGAAAUUGAGCAUUGCCGUUGCAUUGCCAACAAAAUAUGUUGGUAGAUUAGAAUUGGCACAGCCAAAGGAGCAAUCGAUUAGAGAAGUUAUGCAGGGCAAGCCUUUAUAUUAUAAAAUCCAUUUUCCACUUCCUUGGCCAAUACCCAUUUUAAAUGGUUUAUGGUUUAACAACGAACGUAUCUGUUCAGGUCCACGCGCAAGUGGACAGAUAGUCACGUCCAUCGUCCUAAAUCACACGCUGUACCCACCUUCGUUAGGACUCAAUUUCGAUUCGAAUAUACGUCCCAUUAAUUUUCCUCAACCCUUGCCAAACACUCCACCCAUUCGAAAUACUCCACCAAUGGUAUAUCAACCGAUCGUCACUCCAUCACCUGGCAGACCCGUGCCAAUUAUCAACAAUCAAAAUAACGUGGAAUGCGGUAGAAGCAGCACAAACAAGUUCAAUCUUCUAGUGGCUGGAGGAGUGAAUGCAUCUCGGGGUCAGUGGCCUUGGCUUGUUGCAAUUUUUGUCGUCAAAAAGAAUUUCGAGUUCCAAUGCGCGGGAACAUUGGUCACUAAUAAGCACAUUAUUACAGCUGCACAUUGUUUGCUAACAGACAAUAGUAAUUUACCUGCCAAUACACUGCUAGUGUCCUUGGGACGCUUUCGUCUUCGAGAAUGGUCAGAGAAGGGUUCUGUAAAUCGUGAAAUAGCAGUGUACCAGCUCCAUCCUAAUUAUGACAAAGGGGGCAAUGCUGACGCGGAUUUGGCUGUGUUAACUCUGAGAGAGGAAGUGGAGUAUAAUGAUGUAAUCAGACCAAUCUGUCUCUGGACAGGACCUGCGCUUCUCGCCAGUGUUGUGGGGAAGUCUGGAUACGUGGUCGGAUGGGGACGUGAUCAAGAUGGGAACCGCCAUCUACAAGAGCCUCGACAGAUCAAAGCUCCCAUUGUACGUCAGGAGGAUUGUCACUGGAGCAACUCGGAUUUCGUCUUGUUCACUUCGAACAGAACGUUUUGUGCAGGCUUGAGAAACGGAAGUGGCCCUUGCAACGGUGAUAGCGGAAGUGGUUUUGUGAUGUAUGAUGCUAAAACGGAUCGCUUCUAUUUGCGAGGAAUCGUUUCGAGAUCCUUGUUGAAUAGAACCACUAUGUCUUGUGACUUAAACCAGUAUAUAGUUUAUGUGGACGUUGCACAACACUUAGAAUGGGUAGAAAAUAUGAUCUCUUCGUAGAACAAUUUUUCAUGAUCUGUAACUGUAAAUGUGUUAAUCGAUCAAUUCUUGCAUAUAAGUUAUUUUACAUAGUUAAAAUUUAAUAAAUAAUUUGUUUAUAAUCUGUAGAAUGAUACCAAAUCAAUAACGAGUCGAUUGAUGAUAAUUUAAUGACUGUGAUUGUAAAACGUAAAGCAUAAAAGCAGUAUGCAAUAUUUUUGGACUGCUUACAUUAACUGUACUUUUCAUAUUUUCAUAUUUAUGACAUCAAUGGUAUACAAAAUACGAUUUACCUGUAAAAAUAGAUAAUAUAUUGUAAUUUAAUUUUUUU